CUCUCGUUCACUCAGCUCAGGGCGCCAGCAAAGAACCGCCUGAAUUCCACAGUGGACACCCUUUUCUGAAUAAGAAACAACACAUCAUCAUGCAUGCAUAACAUCUGACACAUUGACUCAUUGGAGAGAGAUACACAACACACCCAAGCCAGGCACUCCUUUCCAUGGCAACCUUGAGCUUCCAGUAGCCAGUAAACAUCAUCGAUACCCCCGAUAUUCUGUAGCAGUAUAUGAUAAUUCUUGCCUGCCUCCCUCCUGCCUGUGCAUUCGAUUCCACCAACCGUAUAUCUUACUUAGACUUGGCUCGAACUCAGUCACCGCUGCAACUCCCUUAUAACCACAUAAACCCCAAACCUGGCGAAACGAGGUCCAACGCACAAGAUAACAUCAUGGGCAGCCUCCGGGGCAAGUCCAAGGAGCAGCCGUCGACCCGCAAGGUCACGCCGCCGUCACCCUCAUACAUGGAUAGCAAGCAGUUCGCUUCCUAUCUCGCCAGCCUUCGUGACAACCGCGUCAGUCGCCCAGGCGGUGCUCGACCGCUACCUUCAUACGAAUCAACGAUAACUCGUCGAGAGCUGGAAAGGGCAGAUUCCUCUCGCCCAUCCAUUGCUGGUUCCUCCAUCAAGACGGAGCCUGCUGUCAAACCUUCUCCCCUGCGUACGCAAUCCGAUGUUGCCAGACCGCCAAGCGUUCGGCCUAGCUUGGUCGGAAGCGUGGCCUCGCGAUACACCACCAUGUCCGGCAGGGACUACUACCCGGAGAAGUCCUCUCCAGUAAAGCCGUUGAGGCCGAACGAAGUCGUGCCGACUGCUACAUACAUGGAAAGAGGAAGUCGAUGGAUGGAGAAGGAGGAGGCCGUCUCCUUGCGCACUGCAUUGGAAGACAUGGACUUGAAGGACGAGCAGAAGAAACCCUCAGAGCCAGAAGACAACAACGACGACGAUACUCGUAUAUACCACGCUGCCCUGAAUGAGGCAGCUGAGCUGGUCUAUCAACACCAGAAUGGUAUCAAGCCACCAGAGCCUGGCACACCGUACCGCUACAAGCCUCACAUGCGCGAGAACAGCUAUGCUCACGCACGUACUGCUACAAUAAACGGACGUGGUGGCGAUAUUGCCGCAACCGGACUGGCCCGAGACGGCACGCGUUCCGCCUCGGGAGGUAGCUCCUCUGGUAGUGAACGAGGUGUUUCACUAGAAAGCCCGCGUAUGAGUCUGGACGAACUUCUACAAGCCUCUACGGAGUCCACGAAGGUCAAACCAAUCGGCAGUGUCGGCCCGGCAUUGACAUCAGUUGGUCGUCGGAGAAGCAGUAUGAAGCGCAAUAUCAGUGGAGAGAUCGAGAAGCCCUUUUCUGGAGACCAGAUCUGGGAAGAGCCCGAAGGUGAUACACCUAUGGGAAGGAGAAACUCGAAGAUCGUUGCUAAGCCGGUCGAGGAAGUCACACAGCCUGUACGGCUCAAGUUACGCGGCCCUUUCAACAAAGUCCAAUUCGCCCCUGACCCGGCUGCAUCUGCUGCUGACAAGGCUGCUCCAAUUUCCACGCCUGCCAGACCAUUCCAUAGGGUUGAAAUCCACCGAAACGAGCCGACACAGUCGAGAAACCCUGCAUACACAUCAAAUCCGCCAAAGCCGGCGGGGCCUCGCGUCAACGACAGUGUUCCAAAAAAGAAUGGUGUUGAGAUCCGUGGUGACGACAUUCGCCAGGCGACAAGCUUCAAGCUUGGAGAUCGCAGCAGGAAACUACCUACGCCUUCGGCUGUCAGUGACAACGCAGGACGUCCCAUCGUAAGCUUCGAUAAUAGUUGGAAGCCCCCGGAAGAGGCGGCUGCUGAUAAAAACCCAGAGCCCAAACCGGAGCCCAUCCGUCUCUCCAUCGGGGUCAUACCAGACCCGCAAGAAAGAGCGGACAGCAAGUUCCAGUCCCAGUCGAACACACAAAACCCUGCGCAUCCGCCUGUCCCUACUAUCUCAUUUACGCCGGUGGUUCAAGCCCCGACACCGCCAGCACCGCGCCCAUCAUCUAGCAAACCGCCCAUCCCAAGUAUUUCCAUAGCAGCUCCAGGUGACAGCAGACCCAGACCCAGACCCAACGUUCCAACAAUCGCCGUCACACCGGGCGAUGCACCCACGGUGCCAUCAAUCAUGGUAUCUGGCGAUGGCGCACCUGCAAUACCCAUCAUUGUCACGCCGGACGGUGAAGGUGGCAAGCAAAGUUCUAACAUCCCGAUGAUUGUGACACCUGACGAUGGCAAUAGCGCCGGCAACAGCAAUGGCACCAAAACCCCGGCACGUCCUCUACCUACUCCUACACGGAAGAACCCAUUCAUGCGUGGUAACCAUGGCGCCGCCCCUGGGCAUUGGUCAGCGGCUCCUGGAGCGGUUGGGUCCCGGGCCACUGCCAUUUGUCAUGAGUGCUCCUUCCCUAUCGAAGGCCGAGUGAUAUCUCUCCGUGGUGGUCCUGAGCGCUUCCAUCCACAGUGUUUCGCCUGCUACACCUGUGGCACAUCUCUCGAAGCACUUGAGAUCUCACCUGAACCGGAUUCUUUCCGAUCCGCACGUCUCGAACGUAUCGCCCGCCGGGCUGCUGGCGAGGUACUGCCCGAAGAGCCCGGCCAGACAAUGGCGGAGGAUGGCGAUGCUCGUCUACGAUUCUUUUGCCACCUGGACUGGCAUGAGCUUUUCGCGCCUCGCUGCAAGACCUGCACCACGCCUAUUCUCGGAGACCACGUCGUAGCGCUGGGCAAUCACUACCAUUACGGACACUUCUUCUGCGCUGAGUGCGGCGAUCCCUUCGAGCAGGGCAUGACGCAUAUCGAGAAGGAUGGGUACGCGUGGUGCGUCAAGUGCCAGACCAAGAGAACAGAAAGACGUGCACCAAAGUGCAAGAGAUGCAAGUUGCCAGUCAUCGGGCAAUAUGUGCAGGCGCUCGGCGGCGAGUGGCAUGACGAGUGCUUCCGAUGCGGUACCUGUGGUGGAGGCUUCGAUGACGGUCAGAUCUUCCCGGUGGCGGAUGGCAUCAGAUGUACAGGGUGUCGGAUGAGAGAGCUGAAGGCUUAGGUUGUUGAAAGUGAGGACCAACGGCACAUAACCAACAAAUUUGGAAGAAAGAUAUAGGCCAGGCUCUGCUUGAGCACUGACUGAGGAGCGAAGCAGUCGCCGUGGAAAUUAGUGCUGUUGAAGCCUAUUGUUCUCCCUUUGGGAGGAUGGGGCGCAUAGAAUAUGGAGCGUGGCCGAAGCGUGAUUCUGCAUCAUGUGUAUUUCGCAUUGCGUACGGGGCACAGGUUUUUUGUUUUUAGGGUAGGCAUAAAUGGCACGGUUCGGACAAGUUGGUGUUUAUGAAAUUUUGAUUU